AUGGAGGACCAAUUUAAUCAUAUGAAUGAAUUUUUCCAGUUUUUAUAUUCAGAUAAGAAGAAGGUAAAGAAUGAUGAUAUAGAGAAUAUUAAGAAUUAUAUGGAAGAUGUUAUAUUAAAUGAGAAAGAAAAGGAGGAAGAAUUUUAUGAGUGUGUUAAUUUGUUAUUUUUUACAAAUAAUAGGAGAUAUAUAAAAAGUCAUAUAAGUAUGUGUUUGUAUUAUUUGAGUAUGUUAGUAUAUAAUAUAAAUAAGGAAGAUGGAAAUGAUGAUAUGAUAAAAAAAAAGAUAUACACAUAUAUAUUAAAAAGAAUAGGAGAUGGAAAGAGUUUAAGUUAUUAUGAUAGAUGUAUAUUAUGUAAACGUUUUUUUAUAUUUUGUUCAAAUAAUAAUAAUAUUAUUGAAGAAUUAAAAGGAAAUAAAGAUUUUUAUUUAUUAUUUAGUAAUUGCUUAACCUUUUUAAAUAGUUUAUUUUAUACUGAUGAAAAAAUAAUAAAAUUAAAUAAAAAGUUCAAAAGAAUGAAAAAGGAUAUAAUAAAUAAGUUGGUUCAUAAUAUAUUAAGACAAAAUAUAUGUCAUUUGGAUGUAGAUAAAUCUAAUAAAAAACUAGUAAUAUUUAAUAAUAAUAAUAAUAAUAAUAAUAAUAGUAAUGAAAUUGCUAGUUAUAAUAUAAAUAAUACAUCUAACGAAUGUAAUGAAAAUUUAAAAUAUUUUGUGUCCAUUUUUAUCAACGAAACAUAUCGUUCCUAUUUAAUUAUCGAAUGUAUAAGUUUAUUUUUAUAUACUUAUGGUCACUUGUUAAAUGAUGAGAAAUAUAAAAUGUUAUGUAUUGAAAAUUUUGAGAACUUAUUUUUUCAAAAUUUAUUAAAUACUAAUAAAAGUAUUCCCAUUAAAUUUAUAAAAUGUUUUAAAUAUAUUUUUGAGCAUACAAGAAAUGAAAAUAUUUUUGAUUUAAUAUUAAAACAAUAUAAUAGAUAUGAUGAAAUAGCUUUAAUAAAUUCUUUGUCAUUUUAUUAUUAUAACAAGCAUUUAUUUAAUAAAAUACAUUUUUAUAAAUUGUUAGAUAUUGUUAUAAAUAUAAAGAAAAAAGAGAAAGAAAAGAAUAUUGAUGAUAGUGUUAAUAAUAUGAUAUAUUUUAUUUGUUUAUACAAACUUCAUCUACAUAAUGAACAUACAGGUGCAUUAAAGUAUUUAUUUGAAGAAAAUAAAAAAAUGAAUAUAAUAAAAUUUAAUGAGAAGAUAAUAUUUUUAAAAACUAUAAAAUUUUUAUUAUCAAAUGAGAAAAUUGAAGAUAUUAAAAUUAUUAUAUUAUCUUAUAAGGAUAUGAUAAUUAAUUUUUUAAAAAAUGAUUUAAAUGAAAAUAUAAAAUUAGAAGCUUUAAAUAUGAUACAAGAAUUAUGUUAUAUUUUAAGAAAUGACAAAGAUAUAUAUAAUACCUUUUCUAAUAUAAUAUGUGAUAUAUUAGAUAAAUAUGGAAAGAAUAAUGAUAAAUUUCUAUACUAUAUAUUAUUAUUUUAUAUACAUAAUGUUAAUAUAAUUGAAGUGAAUGAGAAAUUUUUGACUUUAAUAAAAAAUGUUUUUAAUUUAUGUGUAACCAAACAAAUAUUAAAACAUUUAUAUGGUAUGAAUAUGUUAUUAUUUUUAUUAUUAAAAGAUAGAAAUGCGAAUGAUAAAAAUUUAAAGAACAUAGACACAUAUAUGAAUGAUGUUAUGGAUAGAAGUGUAUAUAAUAAUUCUGGUGAAGGUGGGGAGGUUUUUUAUAUGUAUAGUAUGAAGGAGAUAAGGAAAAUACCUUUGAAUAAAUUUUUUUAUUAUGUAUAUUCUUUUGUGUUAUUAUCGUUUUUUAAGAGUAAGGAAAUAACCAAAAUAUUGUCAGAUUAUAUAAAUAAUUUGAAUGAGAACAUUUUGUCCUUUUUAUGUUUUGAUAAAAUGAUAGAUGGGAAUUUGCAUGAUGAGCUUUUAUUAGGUGAGGGUUCAAAAAAUAUGAUAAAUAAAAAAAUGAGUGUACCAACGAAUACAUCGAAGAAUACAAUUACAAAAGAGAAAUCAAAACAAACAAACAAUAACAACAACAACAAUAAUAAGAACAAGAACAAUACGAAUAAUAUAUUUAGUGAUAAGAAUCACCUUAUGGAUAAAUUGAAUAACAUUGUAUUUAUUCUUUUGUUAUCCUUGUUACAUUAUAUGGAAGAGAAAAAUAAAAAAUUUGAAUUAAAGAAGAAAAAGAGAAAAACUCUAGGCACGCAUUUUAUAAGUCUAAAAAUGAAUGAUGUGCUAAUAAAGCAAACAGAAGACGAUCAGAAUAAUAUUAAUAAUAUAUACCAAUUUAAUUAUAAUAAAGAAUAUGAAUAUUAUGUAGAAAAAUUUGAGGAAUUAUUACAUAAUUUAUUAUUAGAAAAGAAUAUAUAUCAAUUAUUGUUAUAUACCUUUUAUAAAUAUUUAUAUAUAUAUUGGGUAGAAGAAACGUAUAAUUAUAGAAAUCCUUAUAUUUUAAAAAGAUUUCUUUUAUACUUAUAUGAAUAUUUAUUAAAAAUAUCUAUGACAGUAUGUGAAAAACAAAAUUGUUAUACAUUAAUAUUGUUAUGUUGUUGUCAUCCUCUUUUAUUUUAUAAAAAUAUAAAUAAUUAUAAGAGUCAAAAGAAAUUUAAAAAUAAGUUAUUACGUACAUUGAUAAUACCAAAUAUACAUUUGGAUAAUGUAAUACAAUUUUUAUUAAAUGGAAUAAAUUAUUAUUCAAAUGAUUUACAUAAAUUAUUAUGUUAUAAUCUUAUAGAUAUGUUGUAUUUAUGGAAUCAUGCAAGUGGAGAUAAUAAUAAUUAUAAUAAUAAUAAUAAUAAUAAUGAUGAUGAUGAUGAUGAUGAUGAUGAUAACUAUUUGGAUAAGAAAGAAAUUAUAUAUAGCUUAGAUGAAAGGAAAAAAAAAUUACAAGAAAUGAUAAAUAAAUUUAUAGAUAUGUUGGAUGAUAAAGGAGUGCAAUCUAUUAAAGAUGAUGAUAUCGAAAUAUGUAAAGUUCCUUGGGAUGUAUUAUAUGUAGAUCGAAAUAUAUAUCAACCAACCAUUAUUGUAGAAAGUAAAAAUAUAAAAAGAGAUAAAUUUUUAGUGUCAACAUAUGGUGAAGAGACAGCGGAUUUAAUUAUGGAAGAAGAGUUAAAUAAAAAAAAGAAGGCAAAUACAAAUAAGGGUGUAAAUAUAAAUACAAGUAAAAGUUUAGGUGUGAAUAAAAAUGUUGGGAAUAAUAACAAUUUAUUAAAUAAAUCAUUAAAGGAUAAUAAAAGUAAUAAGAACAGGGGAUUAACAAAAGAUGAAUUACAAAUUGAAGAAAUUAAAAAUCAAAAUGAAAUAAGAAAAAAUGUUUUUGAAAUAAUUGAGAAAAAUAAAUAUAUUUUAAAUUGUUUACAAAAGUUGAGUUCUAUAGAUGAUAUUUAUGAUACUAAAUAUAUGAAUUUAUUUAUAAAAAAAAUUAUGAUAUUAUUAAAAAAUGAUCUAACUACACGAUAUACCCAAGCAUAUGUAAAUAUUAUAAUAGAUAAUUUAAUAAGUACUAACAUGUUAAAAUGUAAAAAGAAUAUUACAAGAUGUUUAUAUAAAAUAAGUAAAUAUAAUAAAGCUGAUGAAUCAGCAUUAUUAAUAUUUCGUUCUUUUAAUAUGAAUGAAAGAAUAUCUUAUAUGUUAACAUUAUUUCUUUUCCCAAUUAUAUUUCAUAGUAUUAAUAUGAUAAAUGAUAAACAGAUAAUUUUAAAUAUCUUAAAAACAUUAGAUAUUUUAUUAAAAACCAAAACAGAAAUUAAUGAUGUUGAUGCAUUAAAGUGUCUACAAAUUAGUUAUUCAAAAUUUGAUGAUAUAGAUGUUGAACUAGAAUCAUUUUUGAAUAACUUUAAUUCAUAUUUAUUGAAUAAUAAAAAUAUUAUAACUUUACUAGAAUUUUGUAUUACUCAAAAUAAGGUUAGACGUAUGAUAAUUUUAAAAUCAUUAUAUAAUUAUGUGACACAUAAUCUUGAUAUUGAUGAUACUCAUACUAAUUAUGGAAAUUCUGUGAGCUUUAAAGGACUAGAUGUUUUUAGAAAUGAUGAGCGUAUAUGUAUGUAUUUACAUAUAUAUAAAAAUGAUAAUGAAUCCGAUACGCAAAAUUAUUGUAAUGUUAUGAUAUCUAAAUUAGGAUGGGAAAAUACACCUAUUGAACAAUAUAAAUUGAUUGACAUGUUACAAAAAGAAUGUUUAGAUUUACAGAAUAUGAUAUGUGAAACAUUGGUUGAAUCAACCGAUCGAAAUAAAAUUAAAGAUCUCUUUUUACAAUUAACUUCUAAAUACAUUACAUUUAAGGAAUAUGGUAAAAUCGGUGUAUUAAAAACCAUAGAGAAUUUGGCCAAACAAUAUUAUAUUAUUUGUAUAGACGAUGUAGAGUUUAUUUUAAAUUUUUUGUUAGGUUUAUGUUUGGAAGAUAAAAAUGAUAUAAGCAAAAUUAAGGAGUAUGUUAUUAUGUGUGGUACAUGCUUAAUUAAUUCGUAUAAUGAAUAUUUAGUAAAAUAUAAGAAUAAAAAUAAGCAUAAUAAUGAACAUGUGAUAUAUACCAAAAAAAAUAAUAAAAAGAACAGUAUGAAUGAACCUUAUUUUGAUAGUGAUGAUGAUUCCUGUUAUGAGGAUAGUUAUGAAUCUGAUAGAAUAUGUAAUAAGGGUCAAAAAAAUAAAAAUAUAAAUAAGAAGAAAAUAGGACAAAAACAAAUUAAUAAAGAAUUAGAAGAAUCAUUUAAACGCAUAUAUAAUGUAUUAAAUAAAUAUCAAGAUAAUAAAAAAAGUAAGAAUAAAAAUGUGCUUGAUUUGAUAAUUGUUAUAUUUUAUGGGUGUUUAGGUUCCAAUUUAAAAAAAGAAUCUCUAGAAUUAUUAAAUAAAUUAAUUGAACAGAUGUUGCAUAAGGAUACAGAUAAUUUUACACAAAUAGAAAUUAGUAGUAUAAUUCCAAAAUUUAUAGAUAAUUUAAAAAAUGGAAAUGAUACAUGUAGUGAUGAAAUGAAUGGUGAUGAUAUAAUAAAUGGAGAUGAAACAGUAAAUGGUAAUGAAACAAUAAAUGGUAAUGUCAAAAAUAAUAAUGUGAAGAGUGGUAAUAAUAAUAAUAAUACAUCACAAAUGAUAAAACAAUUAAAUAAAUUAAAAGGUAAUAAAAAUAAUUUAGAGAAGACAAAUGGAAAUAUCAACAUGAUGUCCUUAACAAAUAGUAAUAAAAAAAUGAAUGAAAAAGGAACGAGUAAAGGGGGGUUAACCAAUAGAAAUAAUAACAAGAAUAAACAAAAUAUAGAUAAUUGUCUUAUUUAUUUAGAUGAAUAUGAUGUAGAUAUCUUUUUAGAGAAAAUAUUUAAUUUGAUAUUUAGUACAAAUAAAGAAUUAAGAAUAAGAAAAGGUUGCUGUUUAUUAUUAGGAAGUGUAAUAAAAGCUCAUGGUAUGGAUUUUUUUAGAAGAUAUAAUAUAUUAGAAAAAAUUAAUGAUAAUAUUCAUUCAGAAGAUAUUAAUAAAAGACAAAGUUUUUAUUUGUCAUAUGGUUGCUUAUUUAAAGUCUUAAAAUAUAGAUUUGAACCUUAUAUUAUGAAAAAUUUUAAUUUAUUAUUAGAAUGUUAUAAUGAUAGUGUAAAUAAUAUAAAAGUAUUAGGAAUUAAUGUUAUUGAAGACAUAUUAAAUGACAUUGGUCCGUAUGGUAUGAAGAAAAUGUUACCAAUGAUUUUAUUAAAUUUGAAAACAUCUAGUAUAAAGAGUAAAAAUAUAAUAUCUUAUUUAGAUACAUUAUAUUUGAUUAUAUGUAAAUAUGAUAUAUUAAAGUUUGUUGAUAAUAUGACUUUAGUAAAUUUAGUAAAUUUAUUAUGUGAUUUAGUAUCAGAAACAAAUAUUAAGGUUAAAGAAAUAUGUAUUAAAAUAUUUAAUAAAUUAGAAAAAUAUAUAACAAAUGAAGAAUUAAAAAAUAUUAGUAGACAAAUAUUAUUAUGUAUAUAUUCACCUAAUGAUAAUCAUUUAAAUGAUUUUUUAGAUAUAUUUUUAUCUAUACAUUUUAAAUAUAAAAUUGAUAACAUUGGUUUAUGUUUAUUAUUCCCUAUAUUUAAAAAAGGAAUAAAUAAUAUUAGAUUAGAAAUAAAAAAAAAGUCUUUACAAAUAUUUUAUUUCUUAAUAUAUUUAGUACAUGAUCAUUCCUUAUUUAUUAUAUAUUUUAAUAGUCUGUUCUCUAUUCUGAUAUUAUUAUUAAAUGAUGCCAUACCAGAAAUUAGAUACCUGACGGCAAGGUCCAUUGGAAAUAUUAGUCAAUUUUUAGAUAUGAAUCAAAAAUUAUUUUAUAUCCAACAUAUUUUCCAUAUAUUAAUAAGUACUUCAUCUUCUGUAGAAAAGAGUGGAGUGGCUUUAUGCUUGUCUUCUAUAUUAUCCAAGUCUCCUGAAAAAGUGGCUGAUAAUUUUAUAUCCAAAAUAAUACACAUGAUAGAUGUAAAGAAAUAUAUGCAGAUGAAAUUAAAACGGGGAAAUGUGUGUGUUGGUAAGGAUAAAGUUGAUGUUAGUAGGAAGAAGGAGGUGGGUGUAAAGAAAAGUAAGUUGAAAAGGAUGAAAUAUAAUAAGGGGCAUGUAAGAAAUGGUGGUGUUGACAAGGGGGAGUAUUAUGAUGAUGAUGAUGAUGAUGAUAAUGAGAAAGAAGAUUAUGAUGAUGAUGAUAUUGAGAAGGAAGACGGUGAUGAUAAUGAAGAUGGUGUUGACAGAGAAGAUUAUUAUGAUGAUAAUGAUAGUGUGGAAAAGGAGGAUUAUUAUUAUGAUGAUGGUGAUGAUUAUGAGGAGGAUGAGGAUGAGGAUGAGGAAGAGGAUGAUCAUGAAAAUAAUUAUAAUGAUGAUACAUUUGAAAUAGAAGAUCAAGAUGAUUACGAUUUUGAAGGGGAUGAUGAUGAAUAUGAUAAUGAAUAUAACGCUCGAGGAAAUAGAAAAUAUAAAAAUAGAGAAUAUAGAUCAAAUGGAGUAAAUGAUGAUAGUGAUGAUCAAGGAGUAGAAUAUGAUGAAGAGGAGGAAGAGGAAGAUGAGAAUGAUAAUGAAGAAGAGGAUGAUGAAGAAGAUCUGUUUGAAAUGUAUUCUGAUGAAGAAAGUGAUUGUGAUUAUUAUGAGAUUAUAAAUAAUAAAGAUAAUGAUAAAAGAUUAUAUUAUUUGAAUGGACAUUAUUUAAUGGAUAAGAAUGAAAAGAAUGAAUAUAUUAUAAAGGUUGAUGAGAAUUUAUGUAAUUGGAAAUUAAUAUAUGAUAAGAACAUGAUAAGUAGUGCAAGUAGUAAAGAAGGUUUAAUAGGAUUCUUUAUUUAUAUGCCCGAAUGUGAAGAAAGAUAUACAGAAAAGUUUUUAAAAAAAAUACUUCAGAAAUUAAUAUUAUGUUUAAAUGAUACAAAUGAAAAUGUAAGAGAUAUAACACUAAGAGCAUGUAAAAUAUUAAUAAGUAUUUAUUCAAAAAAUAAUACUUCUUUAAUAUUAAAAUAUAUUGAAAAUAAAAUUUAUAAUAAUUAUUGGAGAAUUAGAAAAGAUUGUGUUAUUUUAUUAAAUGUUUUAAUAGAAAAGAAUUUACAAAUUAAUAAAGAAGAACGUGAUUUUGAAUUAUUAAAUACUUUACAUGAAAGAUUUUAUUUUAUGUUAUCUAUAAUAUGUAUAAUGAAGAAUGAUAAAAAUAUUAAUGUAAGACAAACAGCAUAUACUAUAUAUAAAAAUUUUGUGAAUAAAAAAUUAUUACAAGAUAUGUGUUCAAUUUUAUUAAAAAAAAUAACACAAAAUUUAUCUUCAAAAAAUAAUUUUAAACAAUUAAUUAGUGCAUUGUCCUUAGGAGAUUUAGUAUAUAAAACAGAUGCACGUCAAUUAGAAUCUAUUUUAGAACACAUGGUAAAUGAAUUUAAAACAACAAAAUUUAUAUCAAUUAAAAAAGGAAUAUCAUUAGGAUUUUAUGAAAUAUUUUCCAAAAAUAAAUAUGAUAAUUUAAUUAUAAAUCAUAUACAUAAUAUAAUACAUAUGAUAAAAGAAUUAGCAUGUCAUCAAAAUACAUCUGAUAAAAUUAAAUUAUUAUCAUCAUUAUUAAAAAAUAUUGAUUCAUCAGUAUUGAAAAAUAUUAUAAAUGAAAUAUUUGAUAAUGUACUUGAAACACCAACGACAAGUAUGAAAUAUUUUACUUCGAAACAUCAUGUUCAUUUUAAAAGUAUUAAAAUAUUCUUACAUGUACAUACUGAACUAGUUUUAGAUUUUAUAAUACAUCAUGUUUUUAAACCUCCUUAUGAUGCAUGCAAACUAAAAUUGAUAUCCUAUAUUUCUUAUGCUAAAACGGCUGUUAGUAAAACCAUAUUUCCAAAAAUUAUUAGGAUAUUUAUUAAUUUAAUUUUACACAAUCUAAACAGAUUGAAGGAAAUACAUGAAAUUGAUAUUAAAAAUUAUGCUUUCAUUCUGUCGUCCUUUAAGGAAGAAAAUAAGGAACAAUGUAAAGAUGGACAUGUAAAAGAAAAUAUAGAGGAAAAUAUAAAGGAAAAUAUAAAGGAAAACACAAAUGAAAAUAAAAACGAAUGUACAUAUAACAAUGAUAAUAUUAAUGAUUAUAAAAUAAAUAAUUCUUUAAUAUUUAAUGAGAAAGAAAAAUGUAAAAACAAUAACAUUACAACAAAAAAUUCAUUCUAUAAUAAUAUCGAGCAUUCUAAUGUAACACAGAAUAGGAGUGAACCAUUCUAUGAAAUAGAUAUGGAUAUGAAAGAUAUAACAAAAUGUUUAAAAGAUUUUCUAAGAAAUAUAAAUGAAAGAAAUAUAGAUGUAUUUAUUGAGUCCUUAUUAUCAGAACUGAAAUUAUAUUCUAGUAAAAGUGAUUUAUCAUAUAAUAGUUUAUGCAGAACAUAUGAAUCCUUAAAAUUAGAAGAUGAUAAAAAAAAAACACAAGAAUCUGCAGAUAAAUUAAAAAGAUAUUUUAUUAUUCAUGAUAAAAAUAACUUAAGUGAGUUAUCAUAUUUGGAAUAUAAAGAAGAGAAUGGAAAAAUACGGGAGAUCAUUUUAUCUAUUUUAAAAUAUUUAUUAGAUAUAAUAAAUAAUGAAGAUAUUUCUGUAUUAGUAUCAAAUGAAAAUUUGACGUCUACACAAGAUAGCAUUAAUAAUAUAGAUAAACAAAAAAAUAUAAUAAAAAAUAUAAAUAAAAAAAAGAAUAUAUAUGUAUAUAAAAAAAUGUAUUUAUUAAAUAUCCAAAGAAUUGAAAUGUAUAUAAAUGCUUUAUCAAAUUAUACUUUUGUAGAUAUUAAUAGAAAUGUCCUUGAAAUAUCAUCUAUAAUAUAUAUAUAUCUAAUAGAAUUAAUUAAAAAACUAGAAGAUAAUUAUAGUUAUGCUAUUAUAUUCCAUGAUAUUAUAAAUAAAUAUUGUACUGAUAAUAAUCUUAAUGACAUAACACAUGAUAAAUAUGAAAUUGUAGGAUUGAAUUUAUGUAAACCAUUAUUUUCAUCUUUAAUGAAUAUGUUCACCAAUGUAAUAUUAUUAUCUAAUAAUACAGAUGUUAAAAUCAAAGCAAUAGAUAUUAUAAGAAAAUUAUUUAUAUAUACAAAUAUUAAUAUUUCUAGACCAUUUAUGUUAAAGAUAUCAGGUAUUCUUAUACGUAUCUUAACUAAUAAAUUUAUUGAACAAGCCAAAUUUUAUAUAUUUUCAACUUUUGAAGUAAUAAUUAAAAAAGCAAGUGAUUAUGUGAAACCACUGAUACCACAAUUACAAACAUGUAUUAUAAAAUCAUUAAAUAAUGAAAAUUUAAAAAAUCAAAUUAUUCAUAUUUUAAAUAUUAUAUCUGAGAAAAAAUUAUCUAGAGUUGAUUUACUAAUAAAUGAUUUAUUAAAUAAUAUUAAUGUACAAAUAAAUUUACAAAUAUCUAUCACUAUAUUAAUGAUAUUAUCAAAUAUAUUAAAUAAUGGGGAUAUCAAUAUAAAAAAUAUUUUAAUUAAAAUUAUAAAUUGUGUAAAACCAUUAUUUAAUCACACAAAUAAAGAUGUAUCCUUUUAUUCUACAAAAAUAUAUAUACUAUUAAUAUUUUUACAUAUACCAAAAAAGAAAGAAUAUCUUGAACCUAUUGUAUCCUUCAAAAAUAUUUUAGAUACCACUUCAUAUUACUUUCUAUUGCAUAUUAGUGAGAUUAAUAACGUUUAUGAUAUUUUAAAGAAAGAAAAUUUUAUAGAUACGUUUAAGGAGAUAUAUUUACAUAUGAUAAAAGAGGAAGUGAAUAGUUUACAAAAUAUAUGUUAUCAAAUUUUUUAUAAUUUAACAAAAUAUAAUUAUGAUAAUAAUGAUUGUUACUUAUUUCUAUAUAGUAUGAUUAAUCUCUUGAAAUUACCUACAUUUAUAAUGAUAUCUAUUGAAAUACACAGAUAUUAUUUUAAGGCAGUAAAAAAUAUUUUUAAGAAAAGGAAUGAUAUUUACAAAGAAAAUGUUAAGAAUUUUAUGAUUAUAAUGGAUAAUAUAUUGUUAGCAUUGUUUAAUAAUAUACCCGCCUUUAAAUUACUGGGAGAAAGCUGUACAAAGUGUGUUUUAGAAAUGAAUGAUGAAAAUCAGUACAAGAAUAAAUUGGAGUUUUUAAAAGAAAAUAUGGAAAGUAAAAAGUUUAAUCAAUUACUAGAAUAUAUAAAUCGUGUUUUGAUUAAGAAGAGUAAUGUUAUAUCAGAUUCUGAUUAA